AUGAAGGCUGACCGCAGACCAGCUGUCGGUCCAACACAUGAGCACCAGGCGGAGGACGAGCACCGGCGACGAGCCGCGACACUAAACAUCAGCACCGAGUUAAAGACCUGUCAGUUAAACCCUGAUCACCACAGGUCGGAACCGCUAACAUCAGCAAACUCCAAACCGGAGAGCGGAGUUGACCUGCGCGCCAUCCCAGCAUCAUACUGCCUGACACGGGAUGGUGAAAAAGUCUGUGUAAUCUCAACGUUGGAUGGAGAAGUUAAGGAGAAGCUGCACACCAACUCUGAACAACCGGAGAAGAUCCGCGUGGUUCCGAUCCACCGGCGUCCGGACCUGCUGGUCCCCUGCGCUGACCUGGUCAACACUGAGUGGCAGAGGAGCCAGGCCGCCCGGGUUCACGCCCUCCAGAAAUCCUGCUCCGAGUUCCCUGUCUGCCUGGUUCUGCUGCAGGGCCACAGAGAGACGGAGCGGCUGCUCGGCCACGCCCGGCUCUCCCGGGUCGUAGGUCACGGCGGCAGCCUGUUCGUCGAGUCGGUGGUGGUGUCCAAGGCAGAGCGAGGAAAGGGCUACGGCCGCACGCUGAUGGAGGAGACUGAGCGCUACGCCAAAGGCAGAGGGUUCAGACGCCUGUGUCUGACAACCCACGAUAAGCAGCACUUCUACGCCCACCUCGGCUACGUGCUGUCGAUGCCGGUGCAGAACGCAGGCGCCAUGACAACGUUUGUCCCCAUGGAGACGCUUCUGAAGUUUUCAAGAAUGCCGAGCGAAGAGACGAACACACAGAAACAAACAUGGACAAAGGUGGAGGCUCAGCUACCACAAGGAGGAGAUGUAGGGUCAACUCCACCUUCUAGUGUACCUCCCCCUCCUCCUUCCAUCCCUCCUCUUCCACCUCCACCACCUCCUUCCAUCCCUCCUCUUCCACCUCCUCCACCAGCUCUUUCCAUUCCCCCUACUGCUCCUCCUCCACCUCCUCCUCCUCCUCAGUCUGCAGGGCAGCCUGUAGUUCAGACUCUGACUCAAACUCCCUACAGAGACGCCAAAGGAGUUCCCAUCUACUGGAUGCACAAAGACAUUUGACAAACACAGUCAGAUACACUUGGGAACCCACUUUAAUGGACACAUGUUACAUUAGGGUGUCAUGAUUCUCUAAAUCCAAAAUAAGUUAAGACUUUAUGGACACUAUUUUUGAUUCAAUUAUCACUUUAAACAUUGUUUCUCAGUUCUGAAGGUUUUGCCAGUGUUAGAUUACUGAGCCAUGAUCAUUGGUUUUAUACCCUGACAACUGCCUUUCACAUUUUCAAGUUCUUCUUGCAAAAGAUACAUGGUUUAACGUGUUGGAAUUUACCACACUAGGGACACGUUUUUUUUCCAAUCCUGCUAUGGAUUUUGAUCUUUGAAACUGAAAGCAUAUUUCAUCAAUUUUUGAUUCAGUAUUGAAAUUGUAGUGUACAUGUACACAUGAAAAGACACAAACACAUGUACAAACACAUAUGGUACACACACUAUUAUUGGUCUCUCUGACACACAGAAAACAAGCAAUGGAGGAAAUACAGACACAUACAGAAAUAUUCUAGUAAACCAAAGAAAUACAGGAAGUCCUGAAUUUAAAGACUAAAAACACUCACAGCACAGAUACAGAAGCGAACACACAUUUAUAAAAAGCAGUAGGUAUAAAUGCCAUGUAUUUUCGUUAUUAUGAGAUUUUUUUUAAGUGAAGAGGAUUGAAUAUUUUUUAUCAAAUUGUGAAUUGUUAAAGUCCCUGUUCAUUCAAAAAAUGUGUGUUGUUUAUCAUUACUUCAUUCAGAUGUUUGAGCUUCAAUGAGCAGACGAUGUAUGUGCUGAGUUUGACACUAGAACUGUUUUCAACGUACAGAAGUGUGAUAUGAAGGUCACAUAUGAGAGCUGCUUCCCUAUCAAGUAGUAGUCAUCUUGUUUCCAGCAGUAACACAUUUCAAAUUAACAUAUUCAUCGAUUCUGGAUUUUGCACGAGGGAAGAAGGAUCAGUGUAUAAUCUCAUACACAGGUAAUCCCUUCCAAUCAUCACUUUUAUAUGACCCACCAGACCUCUGUGUACCAGUAUGUAUCUUCUGCUAUCAGAUGACACUGUAAUGUUGAACUGUCGGGUUGAAUGUGCCUUGUUGAACUGCCAGAAAACUGAAAACUUGCCUUAUUGUGAUGACAUUCUGAAAAUAAAAACAAUUUAUUAACAUAACUUUGUCUUUAUUUUUUCGGUUUUAUUAACUGUCAUGGUUUUUAAUCAUCAGAUAUAAGCUAAAAAAUUAGCUAUAAUUAUGAU